AUGCUUUUAUCGUUCUCUAAGCCUGAGUCCUUUGUGGAGAAGGACUUUUUGCGAUCUUUCGAUGCUGAUUUCUUGCCACCGCUCCAGUGGCUUUUGAAGGAUGGAGUGCGACGAGAUCCAUUAGAGGGUUAUAUGCAAGAAGGUCCUGGCCUUGAGGCUUUGACGACUGAUCAGGACAAGGUGCUAAGGUCUCGUGAUAUUGAUCUUGUUUUAAAUGAUGAUGAUAUUGUAAAAUUGAUAUUGGAUGAUUUGAAUGUUCCUAAGUCAGAUGAACAUAAUGAAUCUUCUUCUAUGCCUCAAAAUCUUUGUCCCCGAUAUCAAGAUCCCUUUAGAAGAUUACGAGGGAGGUGGCGACUUCUCUUUAGGACCAAAGAUUAUUUCCUUAGGAAAAUUGCAGCAUGGGUCAGAAUUCUUGACCUGCCAUUGGAAUUAUAUAACAACAAAUUUUUGUGGCAGGUUGGUGCUUACCUGGGGUCCAUGCUUAAAAUAGACCCCUAUACCUCUUUACUGUCUAGAUGGAAAUUUGCUAGAAUUUGUAUUGAGAUAGACCUUAAGAAGAAAUUGGUUCCUGCUUUUAGGGUCCUAGGUCAGGAAUUUAAGAUAAAAUAUGAGAGUUUGCAUCUAAUUUGCUUUUCCUAUGGUAAGUAUGGGCAUAGACAAGAACAAUGUGUAGAUAUGACUAGGAACAAUCAUCCUGAUUUAGGAAAUGAGAGGACAAAUACUAAUAACUUACACAAAUGUGAGGAUAACAUUGAGGGUAAGUCAAGACUGAGUAAGGAUAUGGAUUUAAAUAACCAUGUAAAUGGAGAUGAGAAUCAGGAGAGCCAGUUUGGUCCCUGGAUGUUAGCUAAGAAACAAUUUAGGAAAAAACUCAAUUCCUCUUCCUCUAUUGAACCUAUUGUUAAAUAUGGAAAAUCUAAAGACUUAAUCUUAGGAUCUCGAUACAAUGUUUUAGAUACCAAUGUAGAGGAUCAAUCUCUGGUUCUAGGAGUUAGUCAGAAAAAGAUAUCUGAAGGUUACCCAAGUAAAGCUCUCACCUCUAAGGAUUUAGCUGCAAAUAAGCGAAUAGGUAAGUCUGUUAAUCACAUUAAAUUGGGGGAUCAAGCUAAGAAAGGACCUAGAGGUAAGAUUAUCUCUAGUUGGGCCAAAUCUGCCCCAGAAGAAGAAGGUGGUGGCUGUUCUGGUAUGACCACCACUACUAGCAAUUCCCAUGAAUUUUGCAAUAAUGGUUCUAGUCAAGAUAAUAUGGCAGCUUCAAGACUUAUGUCUACUUUUGCAAAAGGCCUUCAGGAUAAUAAGAAUCUAAGGUAUAGUAUUCAGGAUAUUAUUGGCCUAAAUUCUGAUUCUCUAUGGAGGGGUAGGGACCAUUUAGCUCAUAUCCCUCCUGAUAAACCUCCAGAUCCUCCCCUGUUAAUGGAAUUAGAUAAUUCUAGUAAUGAUGACAAUAAAAAGGCUAAUCCUAUAGGGAAUUUUAAUUCCAUUCUCUUUGAAAAUGAGAAGUUUGGAGGCAGACCUGCUAACCUGAAUCUCAUGAGACAGUUUGCUGAUUGCCUUAACUUUUGCGGCCUCCAGGAUUUGGGAUUUAAAGGAAGUCCCUUUACUUGGCAAAGAAGUAAUAUUAAGGAAAUGAUAGAUAAAGUUGUAGUUAAUGACUCUUGGAGGAUGCUUUUUCAAAAUAGUUUCCUCAUUCACCUUCCUAUACCUAAAUUUGAUCAUGUAGCUUUAUGGUUGAGAAUUAAAAAUAAGGAUAGUUGGGUUCCUAAGCCUAAACCUUUUAAGUUCUUGACUCCUUGGCUGUUCCAUAUGGAUUUUAAUAUCCAAGAAAGGAGAUUGUUAAAUAGGAUUCAGGGAAUACACUGUAAGCUAUCCUUUCAAGAUAACCCUUUCCUUAAUAAUCUGAUGCUUUCUUUGUGGAAAGAAUAUCAAGAAAUUAUGAACUAUGAGGAAGUUUUCUGGGCACAUCAGUAUAAAUCUAAUUGGCUUAGGCUGGGAGACAGGAAUAAUAGAUUUUUUCAUAGAGCUGUUAUCAAUCGUAGGUUUGCUAAUCAGAUUAGUACCCUUAGAAAUAAGGAUAAUUAUUUGAAAUUUGAUCCUCUCAAGCUUCAGGACCUAGCUGUUAGAUAUUUUAGGAAUUUAUUUACUGAUCAUAAUCCUUAUAGGUGUUCUCUUUAUAUUGUUUCUAGGUUUCCUAUUCUUAGGGCAGAAGAUAACUUAGUUUUAAAUGUUGAUCUGUCUUUAAAUGAAAUUAAAGUUGCUCUGUUUAGUAUAGGCAAUAUGAAAGCCCCUGACCCUGAUGGUUUACAUGCUCUAUUUUUUAAAAAUCAGUGGGAGGUUUUGGCCCUUUUUAUUUGUAAAUUUGUAUCUGAUAUAUUUGAUAACCCUAGUAAUAUUGCCUCUGUUAAUGAUACAGCAAUUAACCUUAUAUCUAAAAUUAAUAAUCCUGAUUCUCUUAAACAAUUUAAACCCAUCUUUUUAUGCAAUGUUAGUUAUAAAAUUAUAACCAAACUCUUAGCCAAUAGAAUUAGAGGUACUUUGCCUCAUAUCAUUUCUGCCAGGCAAACCAGUUUUAUUCCUGGGAGGCAAGGCAUUGACAACACUAUUAUCUUGCAAGAGUUGUUGCAUUCUAUUAAUACCCUGAAGGCUAGUAGUAGGUUCAUGGUUAUUAAGAUUGACUUAGAAAAGGCUUAUGAUAGGCUUAGGUGGCAAUUUAUUGCAGAUACACUUAAGAACAUAGGUUUCAGUUAG